AAACAUCAGAGCAAAUAGGAAAAAAAAAUUACGUAAAGUCCUCAGCAAUUUCAAGUGGAUUAGAUUAGCGGGCGAUCACGCAUAGACCCUUAGUUCGAUGGAAGAGCCCAUUUUGAGACAGAUCACCUCACAGGAUUUCUUCGAAGUGUACAAGUUGCUCUCGAAGAGUGGAUUGUUGGAAAAUAUCUCAUCGCUCUGCGAAAGUGAUAUUUUUGAAGAAUUCAUGCGAGAAUUCAUGACAUAUUGUCCAGAAAGCAAAAACAUUCCAAUGAAAGAUUCAAACCUUUUAAACGAAGUCGACGACUACACAAGCUGCCUUAACACCUUACACCAGGCUGUGACCACAACAUCGAUGGUCGAAUUUCCAGAUCUUAAAGAAAUUUACGAAAAAGUACAGAGUCGAGCGGGAGGUGGUUCGCAUCAGAGAGUCGCUUGUGGUACAAUAAACAUAAAAGCAACAUCGGAAGGGCAGUUAUGUGGCAUGAACGUGUUUGUACAGCGCAUGCCCGAAGCUGCAGCAUUGUGCGGAGACGUCAACGGUAGAAUACCACUUGAAGUCAAUCAUGAAGACUACUUUCAAAAUCAGCAACAUUAUUCAGUGGAUCUCGACUCAGUGUACACAACACCCGGUGGAAACCCUGUAUACAAACUGGCCACCGUGAAUGCAGAGAAAAGAAACUUGUUUCAACUUGUCGUAAUACUCAAGUUCAUAGACGGCAGUGACAGUGAAACAUUUUUCAGUGAACCAUUUUUAAUCAGAAGUAGAAAACCGGGCAGUAGAAAUAAUUCGUUUGACCACAGUUAAAUAUCAUGUCUUGCACAAACCAUGCACUAACUUAAUGUAAAUAUAAAAUUAUUUAUAUUUGUAGAUUCAAUAGCAAUUGUAAAUAUACUGAAUGGAGGUGAAAGCGUUUUGUUCAAAAGCAGUGAAUUUUAAAGAAUUUCAGCAUCAAUAUAAGCGCUUUAAUUGAUUGUUUUUUUUGUCAUGAAAAAAGCUUAUACGAAAUGAAACACAUAGAGAAAUAUAAGUUUCACACGUUAAAAUUUUUUCAAUAUUGCUUUUACCGAGUUCAAAUAGAUUGAGAGAGUAGCCAUUGCAUGCAGAAAGGUCUGAAAGGAACCAUUUUGUUUAUACAUUUACUUUUUGAACAAACGUUAACUUUAAGCAACCCUUGCAGCUUACAAACUAUUUAUUAUUGACUGAUAUAUAAGUAAUGCUCAAGAAAGCGGACAGCACGUCAACAUACGACUUAAACCUGUACAUGCACUAACUUAAUGUAAAUAUAAAAUUAUUUAAAUUCCUAGAUUCAAUAGCAAUUGUAAAUAUACUGAAUGGAGGUGAAAGCGUUUUGUUCAAGAGCAGUGAAUUUUAAAGAAUUUCAGCAUCAAUAUAAGCGCUUUAAUUGA